UUCUUCUGAUGCCUUUUCUUUUUCUUCGUAGAAAUUAUGUUCACCACUUACUCACGGAAAGUCUAUUUUGAGGGGUUUAUUUCUAGAAUGCAAUUGCUAUAGAAUUGGACAUUUUACAUUUGUGAUCCAGUGUUUGGGACGCAUGGGCAGCAGCUGGUGUUUCCGAACAUCUAGAAGACCUUUCAUAUCUAGAAGAUCUUUCAUCAAUCACUUUUUUUAAACCCGUUCCUAUUUAACAUCAAUGUUGCAUUCUUCAGAUUUUACCACUGAGGCAAACAUUUUAUGUUAAAUGUAAGACGAAUGUACCACUCCUCACUUCCUUUUGUUCUUCCCGUGAGCGAGAUUCUUAUAAAAAAAUCUUAAUUCUACAGCUCGACUGGAUCGUGUGUGUUUGUGUCACUUGUGUUUGUAUUGUUUGAACUGUCAAAUCAAAAGCAUCGCUCUACAGCUCGUGCGCAUCACCGCUACUCCGCGGCGCGCACCGGACGCGCACCGGGCAGAUUCACUGUGAAUUCCAACGCGGUAAAUAGAAAUACAGAAGAGCGAGACACGAGCGCGUGCAUCCGUCCACAAGAAUUCAGACUCCGUCUGUGAACAAAGUUGUUCUUCAAACAUCUGCCUAUACCAGAGCAACCCAAUAUGAACCUCUUUUAACCGGAGCAGAGGUUUUAUUGGUUGUCAACUCCGCGACUGGUGGACACAGUUACCGUUGCACUGCCACCAUGCCUCACUUGCACCUGCCGUCCAUCCCUUUCUCCCUCACCCCCUGCCUUUCCUCUAUCCUCCUGAUUUUCCUUUUGGGCCUCACUCAUGUCUCUCAGGCCAGCCCUGACGUGUCUGAGAGCACACCAGGAAACUGCUCAGGGGAGGACAGCUGCUCCGAAGGUGUCGUCCUGCCGGUGUGGAACCCCCAAAACCCAUCGGUGGGUGACAAGGUUGCACGUGCCAUUGUCUACUUCGUGGCUCUCAUCUACAUGUUCUUAGGCAUGUCUAUCAUUGCUGACCGCUUCAUGUCCUCCAUCGAGGUCAUCACCUCUCAAGAGAAAGAGAUAACGAUCAAAAAACCCAACGGUGAAGUCACCACAACGACCGUGCGCAUCUGGAACGAGACCGUGUCCAACUUGACCCUCAUGGCUUUGGGGUCUUCAGCUCCUGAGAUCCUCUUGUCUGUGAUUGAGGUCUGCGGGCACAAAUUUGAGGCAGGUAACCUCGGGCCGAGCACAAUCGUGGGCAGCGCCGCCUUCAACAUGUUCAUCAUCAUCGCCAUCUGCGUUUACGUGGUUCCUGACGGGGAGGUGCGAAAAAUCAAGCACUUGAGGGUUUUCUUUGUGACCGCGGCCUGGAGUGUGUUCGCCUACAUCUGGCUGUACCUGAUACUGUCGGUCUUCUCUCCUGGUGUGGUGGAAGUCUGGGAGGCUGUUCUCACUUUCUUCUUCUUUCCGCUGUGUGUGGUUCAGGCCUGGAUCGCUGACCGCCGACUGCUCUUUUACAAAUACGUACACAAGCGCUACCGGGCUGACAAACAUCGUGGCAUCAUAAUCGAAACAGAGGGCGACGGCAUGUUUACCAAAAUGGACAUGGAGAUGGAUGGGCAGGGCGUCAACUCUCACAAAGAGGCUCUCGAUGGCAUGCUGGCCGGAGUUGAGGAAGGAGGAGGUGGUGGAGGAGAAGAAGAUGAGGCCAGAAGGGAUAUGGCUCGUACACUGAAGGAGCUCAAACAGAGACACCCGGAGAAGGACAUGGAGCAACUGAUUGAGAUGGCUAACUAUCAAGUGCUGGUACAGCAGCAGAAGAGUCGAGCUUUUUACCGCAUCCAGGCAACCCGCAUGAUGAUCGGAGCAGGCAACAUCUUGAAGAAACACGCAGCAGACCAGGCCAGGAAGGUGGUGAGCUGCCACGAGUCUAAUGCCCAGGAAGAAGACCCUCAUACCAUCUAUUUUGAGUUUGAGCCCUCGCAUUACCAAUGCUUCGAGAACUGCGGCUCCUUAAAACUUUCUGUCACUCGACAUGGUGGAGACAGUGGGUGCACGGUUAAGGUCGACUACCGCACAGAAGACGGAACAGCUAACGCGGGAUCAGACUAUGAAUUCGCCGAGGGUACUCUGGUCUUUAAACCGGGCGAGACAGUGAAGGAGCUGACAGUUGGUGUGAUUGAUGAUGACAUAUUUGAGGAAGAUGAGCAUUUCUACGUACACCUCAGCAACCCUCGAGUCGUCCACCGUGCUGAGGUAUCAGUCCUCGACCCUAACGCUGUGUCUUCAGGCAACAGUAUCAUAGGGUCCAGCCACGUUCCUCCUAAAGCCGCCCUGGGUAACGCUCACAGCGCUACGGUGACCAUUUACGAUGACGACCAUGCUGGAAUCUUCACAUUCGAGAGCAAUUCCACACGAGUGAGUGAGAGUGUGGGCAUCAUGCAGGUGAAAGUCCACAGAACCUCAGGAGCACGAGGGAAGGUGGCAGUGCCGUACCACACUACAGAGGGCACAGCCAAAGCUGGAGAAGACUAUGAGGAGGGGGCUGGCAAACUGGAGUUCCUCAACGAUGAGACCAUGAAGAUCCUGGAGGUUCAGAUCAUUGAUGACGAAGAAUAUGAGAAAAAUAAAACCUUCACCAUUCACCUGGGAGAGCCGGUGCUGCUGGAGAUAGGACAAAAACACGGAGACUCUAAUGAUAACAAGCCGGCGGUGGGAGCAGAUGAAGAAGAAGUGACCAAGAUGGGUUGCCCGAGUCUGGGAGAGCACACAAAGAUGGAGGUGGUCAUCGAAGAAUCCUAUGAAUUCAAGAAUACUGUCGACAAGCUUAUAAAGAAGACAAACUUGGCACUGGUGGUGGGCAGCAGUAGCUGGAGAGAGCAGUUUGUAAGCGCUGUAACUGUCAGUGCAGGUGACGAUGAUGAGGAGGAGAGCGGAGAAGAGCGGUUGCCCUCAUGCUUCGAUUACAUCAUGCACUUCCUAACAGUAUUCUGGAAAGUUCUGUUCGCCUUUGUCCCACCCACCGAGUACUGGAACGGCUGGGCCUGCUUCAUUGUCUCCAUAACUCUCAUCGGAGUCCUGACCGCCGUUACCGGAGAUCUGGCAUGUCACUUUGGUUGUACAGUAGGCCUUAAGGACUCUGUCACAGCUGUGGUGUUUGUGGCCCUGGGUACAUCUGUGCCUGACACCUUUGCCAGUAAAGUGGCAGCCAUCCAGGACCAAUACGCGGAUGCGUCCAUUGGAAACGUGACCGGUAGUAACGCAGUGAACGUCUUCCUUGGAAUCGGAGUGGCAUGGACCAUCGCCGCCGUGUACUGGCAGAGUCAAGGAAAACAGUUCAAGGUCCCGCCGGGCUCCCUUGCUUUUUCCGUCACCCUCUUCACAAUCAUGGCACUGUUGUCCGUCGCCAUUCUUCUUUACCGCCGUCGGCCCAACGUUUCCGGGGGCGAGCUGGGUGGCCCGCGAACCGCCAAGCUGCUCACUGUGUUUCUGUUCCUCACGUUCUGGCUCAUCUACAUCCUGCUGUCCUCUCUGGAGGCAUAUUGCCAUGUGCCUGGCUUCUAACAACGAGAAAGGGAAAUGUACUUCUCGCUGUAUAACCCCCUGAUCAUUCUUCCUGCAGUCGUGUAUAUGAGAAGUCUUAAAUAAGUGUUUACAUUUGUUCUUACUGAUAAUUGUCGUGGUACAAACUGAACUUGCAUCCUGUCACCAACACGGAAUAGUCGGGCGUCAGUGGAGGAUGAUGGAGAAUCUGUGGUUUGGUACGCAGCUUCUCUUUAUAGAUGUUCUAUCUCACACGGUGUCUGUCAGCACCUGGAUAUUGAGACACAGCAGCACUUAUCCAAAAUACUCUCCAGAGAGCCCCCUCAACAUUUUUCCCGCUUCAGCGCUCGUUUUUUUUCAAGGACGGUCCUUUAGCCUCACUUUGAGAUUCUUUCAGAAACCCCCGUAUCACUUCUCCCGGGCCCUUUCAAUAGACUCAUUCCCAUUGCAGAUAUUUGGGCUUGCUGCUCACCUCCACUUUCCCCGGAGACAUGAUCAUUCUCAUAGCUCUUCUGUUGCCUGUUACUUUCAGCUCCCUAUAGAUCUUUUUACCUCUCUAAUGGCAUUCAUAUUUCAAAAAUGUAAUUUUAACCUAAAUUGUCCAGGGAGACUGAACCCCCGCAACAGCCCCGCCCACAAAAUGACACGUGCCACACCCCUGUCCCAGCUGUGAUCCUGAUCUCAACACAUCCUAAACCACACCCUCUUUCAUUCUAAUCUUUUUUUAAUGUCAAGUGCUUGUGUUGUAGAUCUUUGAAGAUUUUUUUUUACCAUACUACUGAAAUCAAAUAUCUGUGAAGAGAAAUAUCGUAGAGAGAAAAGCGAGAUGAACUUUUAUGAUGUUUUUAGUUGAUGUAAAUGAGAGAGAUGCGUAUUUUGCAUGGCACAACCUUAGUGAUAGAAGUUGAAUGGAGACCAAAAGAAGUAGUUUAAAGAUGACUGUGUCAUAACAACCAAGUAUCGGUGUUUAUUCGUGUGAUAUUUAUUUAUAUUUAUUACUAUCAACUAUGUAUUACAUGGGGAAAUUUUAUGGACUGUAUGUGGGUGAUGAGAGAUUUAACAAAUGAGUGUCGAAUGAGUGUUUUCUGUGUUCAAAGUCUUGUGCAUAUGAAUGUGUCCUAACCAAUCGAUUAAUUGCGAAUAAUCGAUUCCACCAAUCAAAGUUGGUGUUUAUAAAAGUUGUGUGCCGUGCAUAUGUAAGGGAUAAUCCACGUCUAGCCGUGUAUUAGAAUUUUAAUGCAUGAUGUGGAGCCCAAGAACGUCUGCGGUUGCCUCUGCGAAGUGCAUUAAAAUACUUUAAUAUAAGGCUAGUCGUGCAUUAUAGCGCUUAUACCAUGGUCAUUUGCCAAGGUUUUAAUAAACACCUUCAGAAUCAAGUAUUCAAACAGAUUAUGAUAUAAUUAUGUGUAUACAAUAUAAACUCCACACACGCAUAUUAUAUAAACACAAACUUUUUUAAUCAAUGAAUGGCGAUUAAUCGAUUUGACCGAUGAGUCCUAAUGUAUGAAAACGUAUCGUACUCAAGCACAGUGAACUCUGUGACGUUACAGAUUCAUUUUCUGUCCAGUCCUGUGAGUUUCUGGAGCUUUCUUCCUCUUCCAUGUUUCUACAAUUGACUGCAGCUUCCGUGUGGUACAUCACUUCUAAUGCCGUUGCUCUGAUAGAGUCUUAAAUCGUGCUGUCGUACAAAGCCAUGUUCCGCACUGUGUAAAUGUAAAUGCUAAUAUCUAAGAGGCUGGGCAUCAUUGAGUCAUGUGGUCGUGUGCGAACGCAACAAGGGUGCCUUGAUAUCAACAAUGUCAUUAGGCCAUAAACUAAGUCUGUCAUUGGGUUUACACUGUUUUACAGGCCAUGUUUUCACAUGUCUAACAUAAAAAAAUUAUGGUGGGAUUUGUAAAUGUCUUGUUAUUGCAAUUUACAUUUGAAAUGUGAGGCCCUCAAUUUUAUCGCAUUAAUCCAGAGCUGUAUAUAUUUAUUCAGGUGAUUAUUUCGGAUCACGGCUAACUAAUUUGCAUUUACCCGCAUACCUAAUGUAUUGGAUUUCAGUUCAGGGUACCUUUCUAAUCAGCUUCCUCCAUAUGGUACUUAAUUCAUGAGCUUUAGUCCAUUUUCAGUCAGCCAGGAAUUAAACUAGCCAAGUUAGCCCAAGUUCUUUCUUUCCUUCGCUCUUCUUUGUAAAGCGAUACAGUUGUUACGGGUUUCAGUUUGCAGAUAUUUCAUAAUUGUUUACAAGCGUGUCCCAGCUAUCAGCCAUCUGUGCUUGGUCCAUCCUGGGACACGUUACACGAAACACUCAGUUAUAGCUGUGGGACACUUGGGUGUUGUUUACACUUAUGGGUCCCGGAUGACAUGUAACUUUUAAAGAGCCUGUCCAAAAGAGCAUGUUAAAAAUGAUAAGAGGAACUCCGAGUUCCAUUACCCGUUGGCGAGUGUAAUGACGCCAAUGGCGUAAUGCGCCACUUAAGAUGCAAGAAAUUGCAGAGGGAAAUGUGUCCAUUGGUUCAGAAGCGACUGGGUUUUACAGCCCUACAUUUUAAUGAGUGAUAAAAUAUAUGGUUUCAACAAAUCCACAGUCUGCCAUCUAUAGAAGUGUUCCACUCACUUCCUCCAGAUCACAUCACCAGAUCCAGCGUGACGUGAAAGUGGGUGGACCAGAUGUACAUUUUUAUUAGCGUGCUUGUAUUUAUACAUUCUGACUUUUCAAUGAUACCAGAUUUAAAAAAGCAAGGAGCAAGGUAUUUUUAGUGCUUCUUGUUGCUAGGCGACGUUUCAAAGAGUCAUUGUCUUUCUGUCGUUAUGUCAUUGCACUCGGGUGGGUGUGGAAGAGGGCUGCCGGUUUGUAAUUACUUCAUAAGGUCACUUUCCUUUCUCUUUUUAAACCGAUCACACAGGGUUAUUGAACUUGAAGUUGCACCCUAAAUAAGGGACAGUCCCUUAUUAGAGAGUAAGCGGAAAUGUAAGUUGCCCUAGGAGUUUUGAAUAGGAAAAUGAAUAAGAGCUGAUGUUGUUUUGUUGAUUGAUCUCCCUAAGGUCAAAUAUAGCAGGAUUAUGACACUUGGUAAUGUUGCAUCAGACUAAUGGAGUAUUUCAAAAAUGUAACAACAGCAGAGGGGGUUAUGGUAAUCUCAAUUUAAUGUACAAAAGCCAGUGGAUAACCACAAACGAUAAAGGAAAGUACCGUAUGAGACCUGUACACCCACUAUAAAAAUCUGAUAGUUAACGGAGACUGGGAAGGAGCAUCCCUUGUGGGCUUAUGGCCUAAAGCAUAGUGUUAUCUAACUGUGAUUUAUGAUCAAAUAAGAGUAGAAACACACAGUGACCGUAUCCACUUCCAUUUUUUAAAGAACAGUUCACCCCAAAAUGAAACUAUGUAAUUACUCAUGUCAUUCAGAACCCAUGUGCUUUUUUUAAGGACUCAUUACAAAGUUGUUAAAGUUUGGACUACUGUUAAGUAAUCCGUGGUUGUCAAGCUCUAAAAAGGAGCCAAUAUAUAAAAAUAGUCAGAAUGACUGAAAUGUUUGUUUUAAAGUCUUUUAAAACCAGAAGGAUAAAGUUAGUUUGUGUGAGGAACAAAAAAUGCAUUCAUGAUGUACUUAAUAUGUUGGUUUUUGGCCCUUUCGACUUAUUGGACCUAUUUUGUAUCUUACGGUGCAGAUAAAUGUUUUGUUUCCUCAAAAUUUAAAAGCACACGAUAGGUCUUUAUGGUACAAUUCUGUACCCAAAAAGAUACAAGACAUUUUAUGUUUUGUGCCUAUAGAAGUACCAAAAGGAAACCUUAAGGAAAGGUUAUAGUUAUAGUAUAUAGGUUAUAUACAUUGUUAAAUUGGUCCAUCUGCUCAUAGAUUUUUUGUAAUUGACGAUCUUUAGUUGAUAUAUUCUCCUCUGUCUUGUCAGUCUAUGGUGCGCAAUCACGAGAGCACUUUGUAUGCAUGCUCAUUCCGUUUGUGCACCGAUCGCCCCAUGGCCAAUUAAGACCCCAUGAGGUCUUAAAACAUGUUGAACAUCAUGUGGGUGAGUAAAAUAUAACAAAAUUUUGAUUUUGAGGUGAACUUUUCCUUUAAGGGUACCACCUCAGUGACACUAGAAGUUGGGAUAUAGGCACAAGCUUCCACGAGGUGCUUCAAUCCGUUAUUCACGAAAAGCUAUUGUAUGGCUUCAGAAGACUUGACUAUAUAUAUAUAAAUAUAAUAUAUUUUAGGUUGCUUCAAUUGUGUAUUUGUCCUAUUUGGAAAGCCACUAUGAAGCAUUGUUGUGUGAAAAGAGCUGCGCAAUGAUUUUACUGUGUUCCACAGCGAAUAAAAACAACAGAAUUUUCAAGUCAAUAAUGAUAGAAUUAUAAUUUUCUGCGAACUAUGCCUUUAAAUAGGUGCACAGUGAAGCAAAUCGUAAGCACAAGCAAUUUUGUCCCACCUAAACAGCUAAUAUAAAAUGCACCAUGUUCUCUCCAUUAAUGUACCACUGGAAUGCUUUUUAUUAUGAAUCAGCAUCUUUUGUAAUAGUCGACAUUGAGGAAGCACAAAGCAGCGUAAAGGUUUCUUACCUCCCCAACUCCCUCAAAUAAACAAAUAAAAAAGAAAAGUUCUUAUCAGAUAUUCACAGUGCAUCUCAGCAUGCUUGUUUCUUUCCUGAAUGUCAGGGUGUUUGUGUGUCAUGUGAGAGUCUCGGUCUGUCACAAGUGCUCUCGUGAUACAAUCUUAAAGCAUGUCUUUUCUAUGUGCGUGCGUUUGUCCUCUACUAUUUGAUUUCUCUAAAAUCAUAACAUUGAGGUAUUUACAAAAGAAAGAAAUUGUGCUUGGGUUUUGUAUGUAUUGCUUUGAUAAAAUUGCUGUUUUAAAAACGACUCGUUUUUUUAAGCCAAGUGUUCUUUACAUAGUUACUUGAUACUGUUAUUGUCUUCUUGUCGAUAUGUUCUGUAUUGGGAAAAAUGUAUAUUUUGGGUAAAAAUAGGUGCUGCAUAGAGCACUAAACACAACAAGAAAGUCAUUUAGGUUCUCUUAAUGUUAUAUUUAGAAGUGUGUGCGUGAAAGGGUGUGAUUUUAUUUGAACUCAUUAAAUAUUGUAAAUGGGAGCUUUUUGCCAAAAGAUGGAGAAUGAAUUUCUGUUCGUAUUGUUUUCAUUUCAUUUAUUAAUAAGUACAUUAAAGUUGGAAUUGUA